CCGAUCCAACUCUCGCGAUAUGAUUUGAAUUUGUGAGCUGGGGGGACAACAGCUUGAACUGAGCCUGGUAUGUCUUGUUCGCGCACUGGGUGCUAGCGGAACACACAGACGUGAGUCCAGACUAAAAAGCAGUAUUAGCAGUAGCGGGGAGUACUUUAUCACUCAUUGUUUUUCUCUUAUACAACAUUUUGUUUUUCUUCACUGUCACUGUGUCUGGAAGAAGAGCAACGUGCAACAGACGGUUUUGUUGCAGCUGUUUCUCCCCAAGUGACAAAUUAUCCGCAAACAUUCGGCUGUUAGAUGUGACCACGAGGUUGAUCAGGAGAAGCCACCAUGUCUUAAGUACAGAAGGGCCUUCUGGAGCCCUACCCCCUCCCCACCCUGGACCACCUUCCCCCUCACCCAUCCAUCACCUCAGUCCUUCUCUCAGCUCCAUUCAACUCCCGGAUCUCCCUGCACAUGUGAGGGACAGGUUACCCUGCCCUGCCUCCUCACUGGCCGAUCCCUCCCCUACUCCAGGAGAAAUGAGCCUGCAUAAGCACCAUCAGUUUGGUAGUGGUGGGGUAAUGGGCUCUGACCGGGAUCUCCAAUCCACAACCUCCACCAUUUCCCUGUCGUCUGUGAAGAAGGCUCCCAAGAAAAGACGCCUAUCCCUGGCUUCUCUUUUUAGAUGGCGGGGACGGGAGGCCAAAUCCAUACGGCGGAAGUCUCGAGAGCUGCAUAACCCCGGAUCAGGAGGACUAACAGGGGUGGAUGGUAUUGCUAACAUCGAGAGCAUCCAUUCCGAGAUGUGUUACGAUAAGACAUCUACCCUCUUCACUGUGGUCGGGGCUGAAGAUGCCUCAGCUGCAGCUGCCGCCAGCUCAUCUGCCUCUGGAACUUCUUUCUUGGCCUGCACAUCAUCUUUCUCCAAGCAAGGGAGUGGGGUAGGAAAAGAACUUUUAGAGUGUCCCCUGUGCCUUCUGCACCACACUAAGGAGAGUUUCCCAGAGAUUAUGACCUGUCACCACCGCUCCUGCAUUGACUGCCUACGGCAGUACCUGCGCAUUGAAAUUUCAGAAUCACGUGUCAACAUUAGUUGCCCUGAGUGCUCGGAGCGUUUCAACCCACAUGAUAUCAAUAUGAUUCUUAAUGACCGUGGACUGAUGGAGAAAUACGAGGAGUUCAUCCUCAGAAGGUGGUUGGUGGCUGACCCUGACUGCCGUUGGUGUCCGGCACCUGAUUGCGGGUAUGCAGUUAUUGCCUUUGGUUGUGCCAGCUGCCCCAAGAUCACAUGCGGGAGGGACGGUUGUGGUACCGAGUUCUGUUAUCACUGUAAGCAGAUAUGGCACCCCAACCAGACUUGCGAUGCUGCACGACAACAGAGAGCCCAAAGCCUUCGCCUGAGGACAAUUCGUACGUCGUCUCUCAGCUAUAGCCAAGAAAGUGGAGCUGCAGCUGAUGACAUCAAGCCAUGCCCACGCUGUGCUGCUUACAUCAUCAAAAUGAACGAUGGCAGUUGUAACCACAUGACUUGUGCAGUCUGCGGCUGUGAGUUCUGCUGGCUUUGUAUGAAGGAGAUCUCAGACUUGCAUUACUUGAGUCCGUCAGGUUGUACCUUUUGGGGUAAGAAGCCAUGGAGCAGGAAGAAGAAGAUUCUUUGGCAACUGGGAACACUUGUUGGUGCCCCUGUCGGCAUUGCACUGAUCGCCGGGAUUGCUAUCCCCGCCAUGGUUAUUGGCAUCCCUGUAUAUGUUGGAAGAAAGAUUUACAAUCGCUACGAAGGUAAAGAUAUCUGCAAACACAAGAGGAACCUGGUGAUUGCAGGUGGUGUUACACUGUCUGUCAUUGUGGCACCAGUGGUUGCAGCAGUCACUGUCGGCAUCGGUGUUCCCAUCAUGCUGGCAUAUGUAUACGGUGUGGUGCCCAUCUCGCUGUGCCGUAGUGGGGGCUGCGGUGUCUCCGCAGGAAAUGGAAAAGGUGUUCGCAUCGAAUUUGCUGAUGAGAAUGACAUGAAUGUUGCCACUGGGACUGCGGCCACUGAUUCAACAUUAGCGACGGACACCAGGAACAACCCCAGUAUAUGUGAAGGCAGUGUUGGGGGUCUUACAAGCAGUUUAAGUGCCAGUGGCAGCCAAAUUGACCGACUUGGGGCCAUCAGGGACAAUCUAAGCGAGACGGCAUCCACGAUGGCCUUUGCAGAAGCCAGCAUCACAGGAAGCCUCUCCAGCAGUGCCAUGGUCCACUACCUUAGCAGGUUGGAGGUGCAGGCUGAUGUGCAGAAGGACCAUUACAGCCUCAGUGAGUCGGGUUCUGUCAGCUUGGGAAAAUUCAGCGACAGUGCAAGUACUAAAGCGUUGGCUGGAUCCAUUUUGAAUACCCACAUUCCCUUUGACAGAGAUGGGAACAGCAUGGAAGUCCAGGUUGACAUUGAAUCCAAACCUGCCAAAUUACGGAACCACAGUAGCAGCAGCAGCGUAGAAGAUGGCGCCCAGGUUGGCCGCUGUGGCUGGACCAGCCCCUCUAAUGACCGCACGUUCUCCGAGGGCCGAGGAACAUCUACCAAUUGGGUCAAAGAAACAUGUUGCCCCUUGUCUUCCAGCUUAGGAGGCAAAAAAUGCAAAGGCAAACUGCGCAAGACGGGCGGCGGCACGAAGAUCAACGAGACGAGAGAAGACAUGGACACUCACCUUUUGGAGCAACGUAGCACCAACUCUUUAGAGUUUGACUCUCCUUCUCUGAGCAGCAGUCUGCCCUCCGUUUCCGACUCUCACUCCAGCCACUUCUCUGAGUUCAGCUGCUCUGAUCUGGACACCAUGAAAACAUUAUGUAACCACCACGGUCCCGGUGGAGGCGACUACCACACCCGCUUCGCCACCGUUGGCCCCUUACCCGAGGUGGAGUACGACCGUCUGGAAACCUGCCCUAGUUCUCGGACUUCCUGCCAGGGUCAUGGUGCCGCUGCUCCUCAUUCACCCAACUCCUCGCUUGCUCACGCAGAGCUUCCGACGCUUCGCUUUAUCACAGAGGAACAUGGCAGCCUGGCGUGCCCCGCUAAGCUACUAAAGGAAACCAACAACAAUCACCACCAAUCAGAACACGCCACUCAAACUCAGCAGUCCAACUCCUGCAUACACACAGAUAUAUUAAAUAUAACACCUUAAGUGCUGCCGCUUUUUCAUUCCGGAAAAAAUAACAUUUCGCAAAAUGAUUUCAAUCCGUGGAGAACCACUGUGCCACUUUCUAUCAUUCAUGCCUUUUGGCUGGAGGAAUCGUACCCACAUCGUUCUUGAAAGUCCUUGGAACUUCUUGAUGGCCAUUCCCUGACUUGAAAUGAUCUAAAGAAAUGUUUCUUCUAUUUCCAAGACGACUCAUUCAGACGGGAACUUCUUUUUGGUGCCUUCGUGAAGCAUUUUGUGUUCUGUGUCUUAAGAACCCCAGACCAUGAAUGUCUGCGUCAAGGGGGCGGGGAGGACGGAGAGUUCCUCUCAUAAGGAACAUACUGAGACAUGGUGAACUUGGUAAAUGAAGACUUUUCAAUGGCCUACCAAAGACCGCACUCAGGCUCUUGUUAAAUCUUUUUUUUUUUUUUUUUCUUAGUCCAGUCCCCUUUAGACGUGUUAUGUGUUUUACAAAAACGGGGGUCAAGAACUACAUUGAGACUAGUAACCGAAGACACACAGCGGCCAAAAGGCACAUGCACUGUUAUUUCUUAUAUUGUUCAUCUGCAAGAUUCAUAAGGCGCUCUUCUUCUAACGAGUUGUCAGUUAAUUUCCCUUGCAGUCUUUGUGCUGCCAGUUGGUGCUGCUAUGCUCACUUGAGGUCAAACGGUAUUUUCUACACUUUUUUUUGCUUCAGCCUGCCUUUACUGCUCAGAGGCUGCAUCGCGACCUCCGGCGUGGCUCAGGUGAACUCUUUAUCAGGUGGAUAAACAACACUUUGAAUUGUAUGUCAAGUCUACAUUUGUUACAGAUUUAAACGUUUCCUUCUGCAUUACUGCGUUAUCGGCUGUAUCUGUACGCAGUAUCUAUACCACACAAUGUUUUUGUUGUGCUUUGUUCAUCAGCAAAACUGGUCCUUACUUAACACACCAGUGCCAGAUAUAAUUGCAGAGACCCUUAGUUAGGCAGGGGUGUUUACACCGGGCACAUUCUGAAAGUUAUAUUUUAACAAGAAAAAUCAGCAUAAAUGUAUAAAUCUGCAGUAAUUUUACACUAGUAUGAGAAGAAAAUUAAGCUGAGUUGAAAUAUUUGGAAGGGGGGGGGCAAAGAGCAAGAGUUCAUAGUACGCUUUUUCACCUUUGACACACAAAGAUGAGAUGCAUUUUAUUGACUAUACAUUACUUCUUAGCCCACCUAUAUGUGUUUACAGAAUAUUAAAGCGGCCCUCUGUGGGAAAAGUUUGGACACCCCUGUCCUAAGGUAUUUGUUUUUGGAGUUUGCAUUGUUUUAUGCAUAAAAAUGCAUAUCAAAAUUAAAAAAUGUAAAAAAAAAACAUGACAUUUUUGUUUAUUUACUUCGGUUUGUGCAGAUAGAAUGCCUACAAAAAAUUAUUAGAGCUAUUUUUUAUGUAAAAUAUAUAUAUUGAUAUAUAUAUAUAUAUCACAUGCAAGCGACAUUCCUAGUGCUCGUAUCACAUUCUAUGCAUUUAUUUUUUUCUCAUCGUAAUAUUUUGUGACCCACAUAAUGUUUCAUAGGUAUGUCACUGUGCUAAUUCAACAACAAAAAUGUAUA